AUGCGCUGGCAGAACAUUCUUGUCGCCGCAGUCUCUGGGCUGUCGGCCAUGGCAAUGGCAGCACAACAGCACAAGGACACGGCUACAGAAUACUCGUAUCGAAUGGCUGCCAGCAUCAUCUCGCGCGGUCAGGGCAUCAUGACGGGCAGCGGAGGCUCCUCGGAGCUGCUGCAGGCGGGCUUUACGCAAAAGGCCUUCACGGCGCUGCUGGUCAAGUACGCCGAGACGGGGCAAAACGAGACGCGGGACAAGAACGGCUUCAUGCACAAGGUGCGACAGUACAUAAUCGACAGCGCCGAGUCCGUCGUGCCCUUUGUCGGCAACGCCACCAAGGACGCUCUCAGCUACCCCAUGGACCGGCUCAGCAACGGCAACGCGCUCCUGGCCUUGUCCGAGCGGGCGUACCCCGGCGCCAAUCUGACCACGGCCGCCUUGCGCGCCGCCGCCCGGGCCCUGCGCGACAGCAUCGAUCUCAACCGCCGCAACGACGAGGGCGGCCUGUGGUACUAUACCUACCCCUACUGGAGCUACCUGGACGGCAUGUACAGUUUGGCCCCCUUUUACAGCCAGUGGGCGCUCGUCGGUCCCGCUGGCAACAGGACCAAUGCCACAACCAAGCCCAGUCUCGACGACAUGGUGCUACAGCUCGACCUACUCUGGCAGCACUGCCACAAUGAGACGUCGGGCCUCCUCGUGCACGGCUACGACGCCAGCAAGACGGCCGUCUGGGCAGACGCGAUCACGGGCGCCAGCCCGCACGUCUGGGGCCGCAGUCUGGGCUGGUACGCCAUGGCGCUCGUGGACACGUUGGAGAUUCUGACCACUUCUUCUUCUUCUUCCCAUGCGCAGCCAGCUUCCCCCCUUUCCUCGUCUUCUUCCUCCUCGUCAUGCAUUGAUCUCGGACCUUAUUCCGCCGACAUAUUGGCCAAGUUCCGCUCCCUCGCCUCGGCCAUCAUUGCCGCCGCGGACCCGACGACGAGCGCCUGGUGGCAGGUUCUCGACCAGCCGGGCCGCGAGGGCAACUACAUUGAGAGCUCGGGCAGCGCCAUGUUUGCUUAUGCCCUGCUCAAGGGCAGCCGGCUCGGCUACCUCGACGACGACGACGACGACACGGCCCAGCGGGAGCAGGCCGUGGAUCUAGGCACCAAGGCUACCACGUACCUGACCAAUAACUUUGUUGUUGAUAAUGGCAACGGCACUCUUGGGUACAAUGGGACUGUCUCAGUGUGUAGUCUCAACUCGACUGCCAGCUACGAUUACUACAUUGGCCAGCCUAUCAAUUACAACAGUGUACUCGGAUCUGCAGCCUAUGUGCUCGCGUCGCUCGAGGUGGAGCGCUUGGGAUCAUGA